CGGAGGUGACAGCUUUCGGUUUAUUUUUCUUACGGCUUCCUCCGGCGGUCAGACGCGGACUUGUCUGUCGGGUCUGCCGUGAUUGGGUGAUGUUGGCGGCAGAAACACACGGAGCGCUUUUAAUUUAACACACACCGCCGGCGUUCUCCGUCGUGGCUGGGCACAUAAACGCACCACAAAGCCCGUGAACGCCUCUGUUUUUGUUGUGGAGCUCUGCGAUUGGAGAAAGCUGGUUAACAGGUUUUUUUUUUUUUUUUUUGCAUAAUCACCUCUGGUUUACCUGGCACCGAGUGUUCUCAGGAGGAAGAAGAAGCUCUAAGUUAUUUAUUUAAAUUUUAUUUUGUGUGUUUAUAGAUGAUAGGCAGAGUUAUUGUGUUUUGAUGCAACAGACCCGUCAUCAAGGCAGCAGGUGGACAUGUGCUCAUCUUCCUCGUGAUUGUCAAUUUACAUUUUAAUUAAAGGCGCUCGUUCUGGGAMGUUAAAGUCGGGAUGCUCGGUCAGUCUCCUCACCUCAUCGGAGGCAUCUUAUGGACCCAGAAUCCAAUGAGAGCUGUUCACUGCAACCUGAGCCAGAAUGGCCUCGACCACCAGAUGUGUCCGGACGACAUGAUGUCUCAGCUGGAGCGGGAGGAGUCGGUGGACUCUGAGUCCGCUCAGCUGGACGACGACAGCCCGAGCUACCAGGAGCUGGCCCGGCCCGUGUACCACCGCCGCUCCCCGCCGCACCGCUCAGUCUCUGAGUCCGAGCUGACCCGGCCAGGGUACGUGAAGCUCUCCAAGCCGGUGGCUCUGUGGACCCAGCAGGAUGUGUGCAAAUGGCUGAAGAAGCACUGUCCCAGUCAGCACCAGAUCUACAGCGACUCUUUUAAACAGCAUGACAUCACAGGGCGGGCUCUCAUGAGACUGACGGACAGAAAGCUGGAACGGAUGGGCAUCAUGCAGGAAGCCCAGAGGCAGCACAUCCUGCAGCAGGUCCUGCAGCUUCGUGUCCGAGAGGAAGUCAGGACUCUGCAGCUCCUCACACAAGAUGGAGCUGUUGGAGGCGGGGUCCCGGCACUUCAGGAGGACGUUUCAAAUCAGAAUCAGUUUGUUGCUUCGUCAGAAGAUUAGCAAACCGCUGGCAGGAAGGUCUCUUCGCAUUUCCACAUGAUUGAUCUUCAGUCACCCUCACGUCUUUUUUAUGGCAGCGAUGAAUUACAAGAUGUUCUUCCUCGCAUUCAUCAGAACAAGAAUGAAACUCGUCUCCAACAUCUUUUCUCAUUUUGUUUACGUUUCAUGAUUUGUCUCAUUCUGGCCACCGCCCUGACCUGAGUCACUGUGCUUCAGGGUGAUUUCCUGGUGUGAAUCUGGCUUUUGGUUAUGGUCCAGGGUGACCCCGGUGUGGCCUGGCCCUGAUCCAGCAGCUGUCUGCCAGCUGCUGCAGCAGCUAAUGAGGGAUGCUGAACGUUUCCCCCUGCUGGCUGACUGCUUGAUUUAUUGUUCCGCUGCAGUUCAUACCUGCAGCCGUGUUCCUGUGUAUUAACCAACACCACAUAAUAAAGUUUCCUCUGCAGCUGAUGUAUCGA